AUGGAAAAAAAUGAAAUUGACCCGACAGCAUCCAACUCGGGAAAGAAGUUUGAGCCGGCAUUUGCUCCUGAGUGGUUGAAGACUGGAACAACAGCAGCAACAACAACAGCUGGCAGUUCAAAUCAGACGUCGGGAUCAUCUUUACAUUCAGGUACAUUUUUGUUGUCUCAGAUUUUUUUAGUUUUGUUCUUUGCGCGUGUUUUGAGUUCUCGAUCUUUCUCUGAUCUUUAUUUAAUGGUAUAGAUGACCAUGGAGCUGCAACUAUAUCGAGGAACAAAUCCUUGGGCAGUGGAUUUGACCACGAGAGCCCAAGGCCCUCUGUGUUCGUCGAUAGAAGCUCUAUGUCUUAUCGUCGGAGUUAUACUGCCAAUGGUUCCUUUGGUCACGACAAGGAUAUCUCAGCGCAGUCCCGACCGUCCAGUAGUUUUGGUAGGAAUUCUCGUGAACGGGACUGGGAGAAGGACAUUGAUUUUCAUGAUAAAGAUAAGUUUAGUAAUCUGGAGAAUGGGAUCGGUGAUGUUCUUGACAAUAUGCCCAGCAGGUCUGAGAAAGAUAUGUUGAGGAGGUCGCAGUCCAUGAUUACGGGAAGGGCUAGUAAUGCGUGGACUAAAAGAGCUGGGGGGGAUGCAAUUAAUGUUAUCUCCAGUGGAAAUGGCACCAGUGGCAUCGGUAAAGCAUCAUUUGAGAGAGAAUUUCCACAUCUGGGGGCUGAAGAUAAACAAGGGCCUCCCGAGAUAGGAAGAGUUUCCUCUCCUGGAGUUAGCAGCGCAGUUCAAAGCAUACCUUUGUACUCAUCGGCCAUAAUUGGAGGUGAUGGCUGGACAUCUGCUUUGGCUGAAAUGCCCGUCACAGUUGGAGGUAAUGGCACAGUUUUCUCCUCUGUGCAACAAACGUCUCCUGCCAUAAUUACAGCUGUUCCAAGCACAGGGACUGGAUUGAAUAUGGCUGAGGCAUUGGUUCAAACGCCUUUCCGAACUCGUGCUUCUCCAAAGGUUUGUUUCCUGUGGUUUGAUUUCAGUAAUAUGAUUUUAUUUCCUUUAUCGCUGGUUUUACUCAUUUUGUUUGCUUUCGGUGACAGGUGGCUGAUGAUACCCAAAGGCUAGAGGAAUUAGCGAUCAAAAAGUCUCGUCAACUAAUACCUGUGACUCCGUCAUCACCUAAAACAUCGGUAGGUGUAGAUUAUAAUCUGACAAUUAUGAAGUUUAUAUUUCUUCAUGAGGGUAACUUUGUCAACUUCUUUAAAUUGCAUCUUACUUUAGCGCACAUUUGAAAUUGGGUAAUAAGUAAAAUACUUCUCAUGUGUUAUUUAUUUACCCAUGGGUUGGUGCUGAUGGGAUUUAAUUGUUUACAUUCUUGAACUCAUAAUGGUGGGGACUAUAUGGAUUUCUAUGGGAUAUGAGAAGAAUUAAUGUUUAUUUUAGGGAAAAUCCUUAUUGGUUUGGUUUGAUAUCAGUUGAAGGUCAUUCCUUGUAUCUCUCAGUCUUAGAAAAGGGUUUUCAACUUUAAUUAGAUUUAUAGGAUUAUCUACCUAUGAUUGUGCGUAAUCUGUUAUUUGUUUUGUUUGCGUCUAUUUAUUUUUUUGACAUAAUAUCUGGCAAGUUGAAGUUUGUUUAUCUCGGGGAAACCAUGUUACUGGGCUUGAAUUCAUUACUAGUGCUUUAAGAAGCCCUUUUUUAAUGAUAACUAAACUAGUGCAAGUUUCUUCAAAGGAAGUGGCGCACUCCUAUCAGGAGAACCGAUUUUGCUGAUGAAGCCUUUUGAAUUGGCAAUGCAACUCUGGUACAGAGUCAGGCUUCUUUUCUUAAAUAUUAUUAUGAGAAUUAUGCCUUCUGCCUAGGCAAAUAUCAUUAAUAUAUAAAAUUUAAGUGUGCAAUGAGCACCCAUCUGGAAUGGAUCUGAACUAAAAGUCAGGUCUUGUCAUAUUUAGUAUCAAAAUUUUCAGAACCAGGAUCACGAGAGCUGUACCUGAGCUGGUUAGAGCAAACUCUUGUGAUCCAGAUCUUGAUUUAGAAACUGAUGCAGCUGACUUGAUUAUGUAAUAAAGUAGUCGAUACCUGUCCUUUUUAGGAUGGAUUUGAACAGGACUAUGAGUCAUAUCUUGCCUGAUUGAAUCUCAGAAAUGUCUGAACUAGGAAUGCAAGGGCUGCUUUGGCUUGUUAGAACCAGCCAGGAAGCAAGUAAGUUGUUGGUGAAACUGGUGUAACUGGCUUGAUUCGGAACUGGUUUGUACCUGCCACAAUAGGAAUCAUCAACGUCUUUUAACGUUUUUUAAAAAGAUUUUAAUGAAAUUCUGGAAAAAGAUAUGGGUUGAUCUAGAUCUAACUAGCAGGUGUCAAGUGGAACGGGAACGGUGAAGGAUUAUCUCUGGCUGCCGAUUCUAUGUUUGAUUCCUCAUCCUGACCGCAUCUAAAGGGGACAGAAAAUUAUCUGUUCUUCAAUAUUAUAAUGAAUGAUUUCUAGUUUUUUAAUGUUUUGUUCUUACUAGUGUGGAUACAUUUUCCUUUUUAUUUAGCUGAUUUAAUUGUUUUAAACUACAGUGAUAAACACUACAGUAUAGGAAGUUAUUUUUUUGAGGCAUAAGCUUUAUGAUAAACAUUACAGUAUAGAUCAGAAUCACAUAAAGUGAAAGUUUCGCUUUUUUCUACACAACUUUUUUCAUCACGCUAAAUAGUCAUAAGGUUGAAAUUAAUGGAAUACAAUUUAUUGGUUUUGUAAUUUACUCCUUACGAUUGAAUUCUUGUUUUGCUAAAUAUAAAAUCGCCUUGGUAAGGUGUGGACAGGGUUGUAAAUGGGUGGCAAAGAAAAUCCAUCUCUGUGCCUAUUUUCUAACCUACAAGGGAAAUGAAACACGGUUUGUAAGCCUGGUCUCUCUGAUUAUCCUUAUGGCGUCCUGACUUUUGAUCGAAGUGAUGAACGUUUGUUCUUCCUAAUACUUUACCUCCAAACUCUAAUGCUAAGAUUUCAUUAAGAGCUGGACAUCUGCAUUAUUUAUUUAUUUAGAUAGAUUAUUAUUUUGAAAUACCUUUUACGUCCAUAUUAUAUAUUUCAGAAGCAUAAAACCGUUUGUACAUUUGUUAUCUAGGAUUUCAUUCAUUCUAACAGAUCGUUUCACUUUUUUUGAAAUAAUGCUGUUUUUGUAUUUUUUAAUUAAUGGAAAUUUACUCAUCAAAGAACGCUUUUUUUUUUGCCUUUUUUUUGUUACUGGAUCGGGCAUGACUUUUGUCAUGCUGGUGACCUGAUGAUGCCAUUAGCAUGGCCGAUGACUUCUAUGUUGGGGUGCUAUUGGGUUUUGUGUUACUGGCUAUCUCCUCAAAACUCCUGAACCGUGAGCCUGCUCUGUACUGUUUGAGCGCAGAUAAAAAUGUCGUGAUGCCCAUUUUUCAAGGAAUUUAGUUAUCCUCUUUUGUUUCAUUUAUUGUUAAACAUCUUUACAUAUCAAUUAUGUUUUAUUCGGAGUUAAUCAUGUGAGGUGGGUGAGCGUAAAAAUGGGACAAGGUCUGCUAGCAUUCGACAGGCGAAUUUUUUAUCAUAUCGUUUCAUUUACAUGAAUUUUAUGACUAACGACAUUUUCGAAGAACAUGUAGUUUUUAUGAGUAUGGAGAUUCUUAUUUUUCUUCCACAAGAUUCUGAAUCAGGUGCUUACUGGAUCAAACAAGGUUAUUACUUCACACAUGAUGACCAGGCAAUUGGGGUGAUUGUGGGGUUAUGUGGGCUUAUGUGGGCUCCUAAAUGGCUAACCAUCAUGUAGUAUCUUAGUGCUUAGCAUCUCUUGGGGGAUAUCUUGAAAAUUAGGGUCUUCAUCUUAGUGCUUAGCCCUAGGUGAAACAUCCGUGUCGCAUUUUUAUGCUCACCAACAUAAUGUAUAAUUUGUCUCCCCGUACACUCUCUGGGUUGUUUAUUCCUCAUCUCCUCUUUGAGGGGCGAUGAGGGUUCGACCAUAAUAUCUUCCACGCCAGGAUUAUGGAAUGUAAAUCCCAAAUCGGCACAAAAAGGAUCUAGAUUCAAACUUUUAUGUAUUUUUGCGAUUUGACAAACUGACCUAAGGCCUAUUGGGGAUUGCAGUUCAGAGGGGAUAAUUGUGAUUCUUGAACUGAAGAAUAUGUAGAGCUUCUUCCCAUGCUGCAACACAGUUUAGUGAGAAAUGUGAUCAGGAAGAAAAUAGAAAAACGGAGAUGGGAUGUUCAAAGUGUGAUCACUAUUGAUUUAUUUGUAAAGAGUUGUAUGAGGAUAGUGGAUGAAGAGUUUGAUGGCGGGGAAUGGUUUGGAAUAAUAAGCUUCCCUCAAAAGUGAAAAAUAUUUCUUUGGAAGUGAAUCAACAAUAGGUUACUCGUGCUUGACAUAAUUCAGGUCUUCAAACAUAAUAUCCGAAACAAGUGUGCCAUCUGUGGUUUGGAGAAGGAGAUCAUUGAUCAUUUCUUCAUGGAAUGUUGACGAACUUGGGCUGAACUGCAUUCUGCGUGCCCUAUAUUGCUGAUGGUCUCGAGUGGUGGAAGAUUCUCUCACCAGGCAUCCUGUUGGCAAUGUGCAUGAGAGAAAACGAGAGAAGAUUUCGUUGAGGCUCCAUAAUUAUAUAGGAUGUGAUUGAUAGGGAGUAAUGUGUGUAUCAAACUAGUAAAGAGCUUGUCUGCUAAGUUUGAUCAGGGAUGGGGAUAACUCGCUCUUCUAGAUUUUUUUCAUCUUUUUUUCAUCUACCUUGUUAUUAGAUGCUGAGAUGUUUUUGAUGGUUUUUUUCUUCUGUAUUUCUCGUGUUAUUGCUGCUAGUACACUUUUUUUCUAGCAUUAUAAUCUUAAUUUUGGUGGGAAAAGUAAACGAGAUAGUGUCUCUUCUGCUCGGUGUAACCUAGUGUGUUCAUCAGUUGACUUAACUUGGAUUUGUUUUUUGUGAUGGGUUGUUAGCACAAGGGAGCUUAUCAUGCUAAUGCCAUCCAUAAACACCAUCGCAUGAGAUCCAUGAAUGGUAGGAGUGGUCCAAGUUAAGAAAUCAAAGAUUAAAACUGCCAAUAGAAGAGAUUAGAGUGACUUGGGCCUGGUUAUUAGCCAGGGCCAUCGUGGUAGUUGGAAUAGGUGUAUAUAAGAGCUCAUUUUCUACUAAAAACAUUGUUCGGAUACAUGCCAGUUCUCCUUGCAUUUGAUUUCUUCUUUCUUCCUUGCAUGUUUGGAGAGUUCCAUGUCAUUUCUUUUUCCCACUUAACAUUCCUUAAGAUGGCAAAAUUUUAAUGUCUUUUCUUCAUGUUGUCACUCGAGGUACUUUGACAAGGCCCAGGAGGAAUACUCAAAUUUCUCUUUAAAGGAUUAAACCCUUCUCUCUCUCUCUCUCUCUCUCUCUCUCUCUUCUUUUUCAAGUGAGGUUUUAUUAUUUAUAUGAACAAGUUAUUUUCCUCCGUGAUGAACAUAAAAUCAUGGAAAUUUUCUUUUAUCAUGUAACAUUAGGUUCCAUGGGCAUUUUCUAACAGCAGGAUGUUUCUCUCAGGUCAACUUUGCUGAGAAGCUGAAAAGCAAAGGUUCCAGAGUUGGUGACUUGAGUGUGAAAGUGGGGCAGCAACCGCUGGCUCAGCCUGGCAGCCACCCUUUCCGCGGUUCCAGCAGAUCAGACAUGCUUAAAACGCCGCAAAUUGGUAAUUUUCAAGUUCUGAACCGUGAGAAGAAUGGCGUCUCGCCCACUGCCAGAGAUGGUGCAAGUUUGACCAGUGCGUUCAGAGGCUUGAACCCAGUCGCCGUUUCCCCCUCCGCCGCUACUGCUGCCACCCCUCCUAUGAAGAGUCCACGGACCAUCAAGGCCAAUGGGAAGUCAACUGGCUUGUCUGUGGCGGCAUUUGGAGAUAAAAAGUCCGUUUCACACCAGAACAGGAGCGAUUUCUUCAAUUCUCUUCGGAAGAAGACCUCCGAGAGCCCUUUGACUUCCAACCCAGACCCAAAUUAUGAUCCGUUGUCCACUCUGGAGAAAUCAGACGAACAGAUGGUGGGCAGCACUUCUGGUUCUGCUUGCCAUCAGGUGAAGGACGUCGGUUUGGUGGAUUCCGGCUUGGAAUCUGCUGCGAGAAGCAGCGGCGACAAACCCCACAGAUCCUCUUCCUUGUGCGAAGAGAAAAGUUCCUGUUUUGAUCCUGCGGAGGAGGAGAGACUCCUUCGGCUCUUUGGAUGGAAGGAGGAUGCUGGAGAGGGAGAGGAAGCCCUGACAGCCGAGGAAAUAGAUGCCUUCAUAGAAGAAGUAAGGCCAUAGCCUCCUUCUUCUGUUUCUAUUUUUAUCUAGUACCAUUUUUUUUUUCUUGAUUGUUCCUAAUGGAUAUGAUUGGGCUACUUAUUUCCUUGCAGUACGAGAAGCUGCGACCAUCUUCUAAAUUCUGCCACCGCAAUCUCCGGCUGGCAAAGACCAUGCUGACUGACAUGGGUGGUGGUGCUUCUUGUUGA